GUCGUGUGUAGAUAGCAUUACAUAACAUGGUGUCAAAAGAGAUGUAGGACCCAUGCAUCAUUAAAAUCUGUAUUGUCAUGUAUGUGAAAAUAACGUGUUCAAUUUCCGUGUUGUCUUUUUUUUAAAGUCAAGGCUAAAACGUAAUUUUAUUAUCGCCUACUUAAUUAACUUUUUUGUUCGAAAGUUUAUCUAAUAUCAGCUGAUUCAUUUAUUUCAGAUUUUUAUUGGAUGUGUUCUCAAAACUUCAAAUAUCCCAGUAGUUGUUUUGUUCUUAGAAAGGCUUUAGUUUGGUUACAGUAAGCAGAAUUCAGUCCCAACGAAGUUGCAAUAGUCAAUGUGGAAAUUAGCUGUUAAUAGUUUUGGGAGACAUGCGGGUGACUGAUAUCAAUUAUAAUGAUGGUUAUUAAACUUUUUCAUCCGGUUUCAAGUGUCAACUCGUUAAGCAACUCUCAAAACAAGCAUACAAAUUUUUGUCAGUCCAGUGAUACUGUGAUUCCACUGAUUUCAAAGUUUAAUCGUUUGAGUGAUACCAUAUAUGCACUUCAAUGAUCACCACGUGACAUACGUGUGUGGCCUCAAACAAUCGUGCCGCGAUCUGCCAGAGUGCCAGUUCCUUCUUCGCUGAUUCUUUUUUCGGAUGGGAUUUUGGUUAGCCUAUAUGUGGGUUUUGGGGUACAGGUGUCAUGUCAAAUUAUUGCCAGUGUGUGUGAGAGAGUACCAGUACCGGGAUCAAGUGUAGUUUAGUACGGUACGCUACCGGUACGGUACUUCUGGUGCGCGUAACAAAACGAUUUUUGUACCCUACCCUACCGAUAUCGUAUGUGUUAUUCCAAAUCUCCGCCUUACUACGGUACGCCAGCAAUAAAUUCGGUGACGUAAUUUUUGAACGGCAUAGUCUGGUGGGGGUUAGGAUUAUGCUGAAAAAAAUUGAGCCAGGCCAACUAGAAGUUAAUGUACGGUAGUACCGGCACGAAUCUACACAAGACCCGGUACCACAGUACCAUACCGGUACAUACCGUACAGAAAUAGUUUGCUGGUAUAUGCUAAACUGAAUUUUAAAGUCUCUAAAUUUUGCUUUACAUACAACUGUAAAAUAAAUUUGCAAGAGAAAAUAAGAUUACAAAAAGUAAAUUCAAAAAAGAACAUGGAACUGGAAUGUAAUAAAGACUGGGCGCACCCACUAACGACAAAAAUAUUUGUAAAAAGCUCUGCCACUCCUAUAACAGGUAAUAAAAUUGAAUCUGCUGAAGUUGUAAAAGAUAUAUUCGAUGGAAUUUUGCGAGAAAUAGUUAAUGAAAGUGUUCAUGAGGCUGUAGUGGAGAACAUUUAUGAAAGUGUUUUGCAAGAAACAGAAAAUGAAAAGAAUGAUGUAGAAGAUAUAUUUCAAAGUAUGUUACAAGAAACCGGGAAGGAGAAUGACAUAUCAAUGGAAGAUUUCUGUGAAAACUUUCUACAAGAAACAGGGAAGGAGAGUAAUAAAUCAAUGGAAGAUUUUAGUGAAAACUUUCUACAAGAAACAGGGAAGGAGAGUGAUAAAUUAAUGGAGGAUAUUUGUGAAAACAUUCUAGACGAAACAAAAGCAGAAUGUGAUUAUUUUAUACCAUCAUCUUCUGAUUCGUUGCUUGUGAGCCCACAGGAAGAAAAAAAGAGGAAAAGGAAAAAGUUGAGAAAAAAUGCAACUGGGCAAAAAGGAAAGCAGCAGCAGGAAAAUGAAGGAGAUACACUGAAAAGGCCAUGUGUGUAUUGUGAGCAAUUUCAGUCGAAACUCUCAAGACAUAUAGCUAGAAUACACAGUGAGGAGCCCGAAGUCAAAGAAAUACUAGGUCUACCUCCAAAACAAAGGAAUUACAGGUUCGACCAACUACGAAAAAAUGGAAUGUACAAAUACAAUUUAAAAUUGUUGAAAGAAGGCUGCCGCACCCAAUCUCUGCUACGCGAACGCAGGGUUAAAAGUGACGAACUCAAAAUGUGUGGAUACUGUAAAGCCUUCGUUACGCGGAAAUACUUUCAUAUGCAUGCUAGAACAUGUAGGUCCCAAAAUGGGGAAAUUUUGUGCAGCACGUUGCCACUGUCCGUGUUAACUGCAGAAGAUACGGAGGAUUUGUUAUUUACCGACCUAUUAUCAAAGUUUAAUAAUGAUGAACCAGGUCGAUUGUGUCGUACGGACCAUAUGAUCAAAAAAAUAGGGAGAAGUCUCUAUGAACAUCAUAAACGAAAACAUGAUAAAAAGACGGUACGGGAAUCGGUUAUGCUAAAAAUGAGAACUUUGGCCACUUUGUUUAUGGAAUUCCGUAGAUGUAUGAAGAGUAAAUUUGGCAACGAUGUUAAAACAGAAUCAAUGCUUGACAGAAAGAAUUUUUCAAUGUUAGAGGAGGCAAUAGACAAUGUGACAACUUUGAAUGAGGGUGGAAUAAAAGCUGGGUCGCUGAUUUUUAUUGGCAAUCUUUUAAAAAAUGCCGUCAAAAUAAUGAAAGGGACAUACCUUAUUGAAGAUGAUGAUGCAAAGGUGGAAACUAUCGAUAAAUUUGCAGCCGUUCUCAAUUUGCGCUGGACUAGUAUGUUCGGCGAUGCUGAGUAUAUCCUACAGAAUAAUCUCUAGACAAAGCAGCGACAACCAGGAAUGCAUUCAAACAGGGGUUUCCAGAACUAUUCAAAUAUAUCCGGAUAUCCAAGUAUUCGAAUACUUACUUUUUCGACUAAUUUUUUUAAUAAUAACCGCUUUUGGUGGUCAGCAAGACAUUUCGUUUUCGAGGCAAAUCUUCAAACGAUUUUCAGCUCGGUGUUUGCGUCUGUGCGUGCCUGCGCCGCAAAUUGUUGGACACGACACUUUUGCAUGCUAAUGGGCAUUGCCUCGAUCGAAUAGUGCAAUGGGCUGUUUGAAAUUGUGUUCCAUACCAUUUUUAGAAAUAUUAUCUUGAGAACAGAGAACAUUUCGUUUAAGUAUUUAUUGCUUGUGCUUUGUCUUCGAAUAAAGUGUUGAGCGUUUCACCUAUUCUUUGAAUGAACAGUGAGUAAUAGGGGGAAGUAAGUUGGGGAAUUUUGUGGCUGCUGAUGCGGAAUAAACGCACUUGUGAAAAAUGCAUAGGCUGCCGUUAUCCUAGCGAAAAAAUAUUAGACGAUGAAAAUCAUAAUAUACAGUGUGUUAAAAAAGUUACGCAAAAUUUUUUACGGUAAAAUUUUUCGUCAUGAUAACUUAAUUAAAAAAGUAACUAUCAAAAAGCGUCAGUUGUAAAAUGUUUAAAUGGCAUUUAACCGCAAUUCAAUACUGUGAAAAGGUGUCAGUCGUUAAUGUUAUAUUCAUAUUAACUUCUGUUAAUUUUGCGUUACUUUUUUAACACCCUGUAUAAUAAU